AUGAAUGCGUUUCUCCUUAGUCGCCAGCUCGGAUCGGUCAGCCCGCAAGCGUUGACGCAAGCUCAAUAUGACAUUGCGCAUAAGGCUCUCGAGCCUGCGGAAAACAUCAGCUUCAAAUCGAAGGCGCCCGACGUCCAGCAUGCCCAUCGGCAUGAUGGCAAAGAUGAGCUCGCUCAUCCGGCCGGAGUCAACAGCGUAGCCAUCGAUCGUUUCGAAGGCCGAUAUCUUAUAUCUGCUGGUGCAGAUUCCUCGAUCGCUGUUUGGGAUCUUGAGGAGCCAACACAACUUGAGCAAGAGACAGAGCGUUGCUUCCUGCCCGUUUCCAAAACUGCGAGGACAUCAACUACUGCUACUCUGGGAAUUACUCAUAUCUCUUUUUACCCAUUUGACUCUUUGGCGUUCCUCACAAGCGGUUAUGAUCACACCGUGAAGCUUUUCUCUUCGGAGACUUUGGCCAUGUCAGCUUCGUUUGAUCUUGGCUCGAUCGUAUACUCUCAUGCAAUGUCGACAGUUGCACCGCAUCUUCUUGUAGCUUGCGCAUCUCAGCAUCCUGCUGUUCGAUUGGUGGACCUCAAUUCUGGUGCAUACACGCACUCUCUAGCAGGCCAUGCUGGGUCAGUGCUUGCGGUGGCAUGGCACCCCAAGGAGGAGCAUAUCCUUGCAAGUGCUGCCGCCGAUGGUGUCAUAAGGCUAUGGGAUAUUAGGAAAAGUGCCAACAGUCUUGGUGUCCUUGAUAUGGAUGACAGCAUCGGUAUCGCUGGCUACGAUGGACGUGGUACUGGCGCUCGACGACGUGAACGCGGCAAGUCGCACCGCGGCGCCGUCAAUGGCAUAGUCUGGACUGAUGAUGGCCAUCAUCUUGUUUCUGUUGGACACGACGAGUGCAUGCGAGUCUGGGACAUGAUCACCGGUGCUAAUACGCUCGCAAAUUUUGGCCCAGCUUUGAAGAACACGACCACUACAACAUUGAUCCCGCUCGUUGCGCCGAGAUACACUUCCAAGGCCGGUACUGCUAUCAUAUACUACCCAAAUCCCAAGGAACUCCUCUCCUUCGACUUGUACUCGGGAGCGAUGCAAAAACGCCUACGGGUGCCAAAGCGCGGAGGCUUACACGAUCACUUGCAGACCGCAGAAGCGAAUGCACGGAACUUGAAGCACAGAACCACAUCGUUGGCUUGGCGACUACACCACAGUGAGAUGUACUCGGCCCACGGUGAUGGCACUAUUCGAUGCUGGCAGCCACACACUCGUGAAGAUGCUCUGGCAGACCAGCUUGACGAGGACGACCGCGAUGGCGACGAGGGGGAGGCUCGCAAAAGGAAACGGGAGGAGUUCGAUCAGAUCAUUCAAGAUCUAACGCGAAGGAAAAUCACUUUCAAUUAA